GUAAUCUAAUCUUGAUUUACUCGUGAAAUAUCACAUAAGCAUUAGAAUGGAUUGGUGUAAAUUAAAAAAAACGUGGGGAUAAUUAUUAGAAGAAAUAUUGAGUAAAUUCUUUUUUUUUAUAAUAAUAUUUUGCAAAAUACUUGAUAAUUAAAGUUUUGUAAGUUAUCAUAUUAGAAAAAUUAAUUUUAAUUUAUGCCGGUGUUUUAGUGUAAUAUCACAGUUUGUUUAAAAAACGUAUAAAUAUUCGUAAUCAGUAUUUAAUUUUAUUGAAAUAAUAUAUAAUUGUUUUAUUUAAUUUCUAAAAUACAAAGUUAAUCGUAUCGUGCGAUUACAUUUAUACUUUUAUAUACAUUGAAAGUAGUAGAUGUGGUCUUUAGGGUUAUAAUCUGUGUAUCUUGUAAACAUAAUGAAUACAUUAAUAUCGCGAACUAUUAAUUGCUUAAAUAGAUCACCAAAGAAUAUUUUUAAUAAGGUUAGACAAAUCAGCAGAUCAAGUGUUCAUAGAGAGAUAGGAGUACCAUCCAAGCUUGAUAAUAGAAUUAAAAAGAAAUCUCCAAUAACAUGGAAAUCUUUGACGGUUUCGGCAGGUAUUGGAUGUGUUCUUUUAGGAUAUUUGUAUUAUUUGCAAAAGGAAAAAGAAAAAGCACAGGUGCGUGAAAGAAGACGACAGUUAGGAAAAGCUGCCAUCGGUGGAAAAUUUGAGUUGGUUGAUAGCGAAGGGAAAACUGUUAAAUUGGAUGAUUUCUUAGGAAAAUGGGUUUUAAUUUAUUUCGGUUUCACUCAUUGUCCAGAUGUUUGUCCUGAUGAACUUGAAAAAUUAACAUUGAUUGUCGAUCAAUUAGAGAGCGAAUAUAAGUUGAAGGUUCAACCAAUUUUUAUAUCCGUUGAUCCUGAAAGAGAUACUCCUGCCAUAGUAGGAAAAUACAUAAAAGAAUUUUCACCUAAAAUUCUUGGCCUUUCUGGUACUCCUGAACAGAUUGACAAAGUUUGUAAAGCUUAUAGAGUAUAUUACAGUAACGGGCCUAGAGACGUGGAUAACGAUUACAUUGUUGACCACACUAUCAUUAUAUAUUUAAUUGAUCCAGAAGGCUUAUUUGUUGAUUAUUUUGGACAAACGCAUUCAGCUGAACAAGUAAUUAAUAGUAUAUUAAUUAGUAAAUCUAAAUACGAUCAGUAUUUAAAGGAUGUAAAAAAAUAAUUUGUUGUUAUUAUAAAUGACCAUGGUUAUAUAACUAUGUAACUGGUUAUGAAUAUAGUUACUUAUCCAGAAAUUGCUAUAUUAAUAUAAAUAAUAAUAAUUAAAAUAA